GAACCUUCCGCUGAUGCUUUCCGGGAUGGCAGUUAGCUGACGGACAGCUGAGGAUGACCUUGACUGACAGGCUGCGUGAGAAGAUAUCACAGGCGUUCUACAAGCACGGGCUGCUCUGCGCUUCCUGCCCUAUUCCCAUCAUCCUCUUCACUGCCCUCUGUGUCCUGGCCUGCUGCUAUCCACUGCUGAAGCUCCCGUUGCCUGGCACUGGACCUGUGGAAUACACCACCUCUGUGAAGGAUUAUUCCCAGCCUCCGCCCUACCCAGCCCACCAGCAAGGAGAGCCUAAUGAGAGGCCUGACUGGUACACUGGUGCCCCUGUAGCCUACAUCCAGCAGGUCCUGGUGAAAGCGACGGUCUCUCCGUGGCCCAAGCACUUCCUGGCUGUCGAUGUGUUCCGGUCACCGCUCUCCCGUGUCUUCCAACUUGUGGAAGAAAUCAGAAACCAUGCCUUGCGAGACGGCUCCAGUGUCAAAAGUUUGGAAGAAAUCUGCCUUCAGGUAACAGAUCUCCUGCCCAACUUGAAGAAGCUUCGGGGCCUGCUUCCUGAACAUGGCUGCCUGCUGCUGUCCCCUGGGAACUUCUGGCAGAACGACCGGGAACGCUUUAAUAGCGAUCCCGACAUCAUUAAAACAACCCACCAGCAUGAACCAAAGACAUUACAGACAUCGGCUACCCCCAAAGAUCUAUUGUUUGGAGUUCCAGGGAAGUACAGCGGGGUGAACCUGUACAAUAGGAAGCGGGUGGUAUCCUACACCGUCACCUUGGGUCUUCAGCACUAUGAUUCCAGGUUCCUCUCCAGCCUCCGCUCCCGCCUCAAGCUCUUGUACCCGAGCCCCAACUGCACCCUCCGGGAGGAGCAGAUGGUUCACGUCCACUUCAAGGAGGAGAUUGGCAUCGCGGAGCUGAUCCCCCUGGUCACCACCUACAUCAUCCUCUUUGCCUACAUCUACUUCUCUACGCGCAAGAUUGACUUGGUGAAAUCGAAAUGGGGCUUGGCUCUGGCUGCAGUCGUGACCGUCCUCAGCUCACUGCUCAUGUCCGUCGGCCUGUGCACGCUCUUUGGCCUGACUCCAACACUCAAUGGAGGAGAGAUUUUUCCUUACCUUGUCGUCGUGAUCGGCCUGGAGAACGUGCUGGUCCUCACCAAGUCUGUUGUCUCUACACCUGUCGACCUGGAGGUGAAGCUGAGGAUUGCUCAAGGACUGAGCAACGAGAGCUGGUCCAUCAUGAAGAACAUGGCCACCGAGCUGGGGAUUAUUCUGAUUGGCUACUUCACCCUUGUCCCGGCCAUCCAGGAGUUCUGCCUGUUUGCUGUGGUCGGCCUGGUGUCUGACUUCUUCCUCCAGAUGCUCUUCUUCACCACUGUCCUGUCCAUUGACAUUCGCCGUAUGGAGCUCGCUGAUCUGAACAGGCGUCUCCCAGCUGAAGCCUGCAUGCCUCCAGCCAAGCCAGUGGGCCGUUCCCAGCGCUACGAGCGCCAGCCACCCAUGCGACCCGCCACCCCCCACACCAUCACCCUCCAGCCCUCUUCCCUCCGGAAUCUGCGCCUGCCCAAGCGCCUCCGGGUGAUCUACUUCUUUGCCAGAACCCGGCUGGCCCAGAGACUCAUCAUGGCUGGAACAGUGGUCUGGAUUGGCAUCCUGGUUUACACGGACCCCGCGGGGCUUCGCCCCUACCUGGCCUCACAAGUCACUGAGCAAAGCCCGCUGGGCGGGGCAGGUCUGCCGGCCAUGCCCGUUCCCGGAGAGGUCCUCCCCACGGGCGAUGCCAAGCUGUCCCUCUCGGUCUUUCCUUCGGACCCGGUGCAGCAGCUGCUGGAGAACCAGACGUCAGAGUCGCUGAGCAGGCAGGAGGCCAGUCGUCGGAGUGAGGAGCAGGAGAGCCAGGGUGGUAACGGGCAGCCGGAGGUGGGCAAAGCCGAAGUGACGUGGGGAGCCGAGGAUGAAGAGAUCUGGAGGAAGCUCUCCUUCCGGCACUGGCCGUCGCUCUUCAGCUACUACAACAUUACUCUGGCCAAGCGGUACAUCAGCAUCCUUCCGGUGAUCCCCGUCACGCUGUACCUGAACCCUCAAGAGGCCUUAGAAGCGCGUCACCCUCAGGAGGCAAAUCGCUACCACCCUUUCUUCUCGAUGAGCGGCGGGAAGCCAGAGCUGACUGAUCAGCUGGCCGAUGGCGUGCCGAAGGGGCAGGGGCACCGGGACAUCACACUCUACAAGGUAGCUGCUUUGGGCCUGGCCUCUGGAAUCCUCCUGGUCCUCUUGCUCUUCUGCCUGUACAAAAUCUUGUGCCCCAAAACCUACGGCCAGGCUGGGCUCUCGCACAGCAGGAGGAGACGGGGGGACCUGCCCUGCGAUGACUACGGCUACUCCCCGCCAGAGACGGAGAUCAUUCCGCUGGUCCUCAGAGGUCAUCUCAUGGACAUCGAAUGCCUGGCCAGUGAUGGGAUGCUGCUCGUCAGCUGCUGCUUGGUGGGCCAGAUCCGGGUGUGGGACGCGCAGACGGGCGACUGCCUCACUGUCAUCCCUAAGCAAGGGUUGCGCCGAGACAACAGCGGCAUCUUCGACUACCAGGACUGCUGGGAUCAGAGCCCCAACAGCCAGAGCGGGCUGGAGAACCCCUUCGACAGCAGCCGCCCCUUCAAGCGGGCGCGAAGUCCUCCACAGCCGCUCCUCUUCAGCGACCAGCCGGACCUGACCGCCCUCAUCGACACCAACUUCUGCGAGCAAGCCAAGGCGGCCCCCCCGGAGCCCCGCCACCGCGCCCUCUGCGGCCGCCCAAAGGAGGAGGGCUACGACUUCAGCAGCCUGGUGGAGAAGGUCUACGAGGAGCAGGGCGCCCCCCACAGCCUGAGCUUCGCCGGCUUCUCUGCCCCCUUGGGACAAGCUGCCUUCAGGUCCCCGGGCUGUGGGGGUGAGGAGGGGGUGUGUGGCCCCCGCAGGAGUAGCCUGGGAGACGAGCUCUCUGGGGGCCUGGAGCAGCCCUGCCCCCUCCCCUCCUGGGGCGGGGACUUUGAGAGCUCCAUCUGGAGCCUGGAGCUGCAAGGGAACCUCAUUGUGGCCGGCCGGAGCAACGGGAGGCUGGAGGUGUGGGAUGCCAUCGAAGGCACUCUGCAGUGCAGCAGCGAAGACAGCCAGUCGGGCAUCACCUCCCUCAUCUUCCUCAACAGCAGGAUUGUGGCUGCCAGGCUGAACGGCUCGCUGGACUUCUUCUCCUUGAAGACCCAUGCCUCUUUCGAGCACUCGCAGUUCCGAGGGACUCCAGGCAGGAACAGCCUCCCAUCCUCUCCGAUGUACAGCAGCAACGAUGUCAUUGUGUGCCAGCUGACCCAUACGGUGACGUGCGCGCACCAGAAGCCCAUCACGACCCUCAAGGCUGCAGCGGGGCGACUGGUCACAGGGAGCCAGGACCAUACGCUGAGGGUGUAUCGCCUGGAAGAUUCCUGCUGCCUCUUCACCCUGCAGGGUCACUCGGGAGCCAUCACGGCCGUCUACAUCGACCAGACCAUGGUGCUGGCAAGCGGGGGCCAGGACGGCGCCAUCUGCCUCUGGGACGUGCUGACUGGCAGCAGAGUGAGCCACAUGUACGCCCACCGCGGGGACGUCACGUCUCUGACGUGCACCAGCUCCUGCGUCAUCAGCAGCGGCCUGGACGACGUCAUCAGCAUCUGGGACCGAGGCUCUGGGAUCAAGCACUACUCCAUUCAGCAGGACAUGGGCUGCGGGGCGAGUCUGGGCGUCAUCUCCGACAACCUGCUGGUCACGGGCGGCCAGGGCUGCGUCUCCUUCUGGGAUAUCGGCUACGGCGACCUGCUGCAGACGGUCUACCUGGGCAAGAGCAACGAGGCCCAGCCGGCCCGGCAGAUCCUGGUGUUGGAGAACGCCGCCAUCGUCUGCAACUUUGGCAGUGAGCUUAGCCUGGUCUACGUCCCGUCGGUGCUGGAGAAGAGAGACUGAGAAGGGGUGGGGGC